UCGUGGCUCCUCCUGCUUUCCGUAGUGAGACCGAAGGGGGCGGGACCGGCAUGGCGGCCAAGAUUCUAAAGUACGCAGCGCUUCCUGCUGCUGCUGCAGUGGGUUUGGGCUCACUCAGAAUUUAUUCCAUGAAUGAGAAAAACAAUGAGGAGCUAAUAUCUCCAAGAGAGUUGUCUAUCUACUCCCCAGAUGUUCCUGCUGUGCCGUUAGUGGAAGAGCCCCCUGGUGUAGUGCAGACGGGGCUGGGGGCCGUUAGGACGGGCCUGCAGCCGUAUGUCAGAGCCGCGCAGAGCGCCUUGACUUCAGUCAAAGUUGGUGUGAUAUCGGUUUACCAGGCCGGGCAAGACACGUAUCACUUCCUUCGAGAUCCACCCCCUGGCUUCCUGCCAAGAGUGGGUGUCAUCGGUGUGUCUGGAUUGGGUGGCCUGGUUCUGGCACGCAAGGGCUCUCGUUUAAAGAGGAUUGUCGUACCUCUUGGACUGGCUACUGCUGGUACUGCUGUCUGUUACCCCACACAGACUGUAGCAGUCCUGAAGAUCACAGGUAAAAAGGUGUAUACUGUGAGUUCAUCUGUUGCUUCAAUGUUGAAAUCCAAACCAAAGGAAGAUGUCAUCAUGUCUGCUGUUAGCGUGGAGUCUGCUGUUGCUGUAACGAGCCCAGAUACAGAAUCACCCGUUAAAGCACUUUCUGAACUCUCACCCGAGUCUGAGCCAUCCCCUGCUGUUUCAGUGGAGGAAGUUACACCAAUAUCCAAAGCUGAAUCAGUGGAAUUAUCUCCAGUAGCUGAUAUUGUAUCAGAAGAUGUUGUAGAACCUCCCUCUGUUGUUGAUUUAACAACUGGAAUUGCUUCACCACUCUCUGAACCUGAAUCUCCCCCUGCACUUGAGACUGCCCCAGUUACUGACACUACCCCUGAACCUGUUGAUGGUACUGUCCGAGAUGCAGAAUCCACCCUAGAGCCUGUUGCUGAAACUGUCAAAGAAAGCACCCCUGAGCCCCCUGUCCCAGAGCCUGUGGUUAAAACUGCCCCAGAAGCAGCACCUGCUGACUGUGUUGAAGACACUGCACCUUCCGCUGAAGCGAAUAUUACUCCUCUUGAGGAGUCUGAUCCUGAAAUUGUCCCAGAAGCUGCCCCUGCUAGUCCAGAAUUUGAAGUCCCUGCACCUACGGUUGGUAUAGAAGAGUCUACGCCCUCAACUACAUCUACAGUAGAGGAAACCACACCCCCUGCCCCCAUCCUUCCUGAAGAUACCACCCCUACCACAGUAGAUGAGGAACUGGCUUCUGUUGAAGAAGCCAUUCCCCUGAAUCCUCCCCCAGCAGAAGAGGCUCCACCUUCAUCUCAACCUCCUGUCCUUGAGCCAGCCACAAUAAAGUCACGCUUUGUUCCUGACCCUUCUCUACUGGACCACGGCCAGUCUAAUCCAGAGGACGCAGACAUGUACAGCACACGGAGCUGAAUGAGUGAUAGAGUAACUGCAGAUGAGGGAAAUGAUGAGAUGUUUUAAUGUGCCAUGUUUCCAGCAGUUUAAACGUUUUGUAAUUGGGUUUAAUUACAAAACUAUUAUUUUACCAAUAAUGUGAUG